GUGAACAAAACAAAACAAUGAUGGUCAUGAGCGCCAUCGGUACCAAUGUACCACAAUUGUAGAACGAACGUACGCAUUUUUACGAUUUGACAACGGAUUAUUUUGAGAACUAUGCCGUAGUUCUAAAUUAUUUUCGAGAUAUAUUUACAGGAACUGACUGUAUAUUGUUCAAUUCAUCCAUCCGGUUAGCUGUUUCGCCAAGUGUCGACAAGCUAUAUCUUUUCCAUGCCUGAGAAGGCUCACCAAUGGCUUAAACAGCUGCCAAACAAGUUUCAUCCAUAAUUGCAAUAAGGGAUUUUUAUUUUAUAAAAUGUGUCUGCGGUAUAAGACAUUUUUCUUCUUGAAUUUUGCGACUGGAAUAUGUAUAGUUAUAUUGCUUUGUACUGCAGUGGGAACGACCCAUUGGAUAGAUGCAGACUUAAAGAGGAACUCCAGUUUUGUAAAUGGUGCUUUCAGUCAAACUGCCACUGCCAACGAUGGUGAACCUGCACCAAAUAAAGGUUUUAUGCAUUUUGGGGUCGUUCGCGGUUGUAAGAUAUUCAACUAUGGUUUUGGUGCUAGAGAUUACAUAUGCUUUAGUGUGUUUGAAGAGCAUGAGGGUGUUUACCCAACUUGGCUACCGAUCCUGGUCAUUGUAUGUAUGGUGAUAUCUGCAGUCUUUGCUCUGGUUGCAACCAUUUUUGGAAUGGUCAACUCCAUCACUGUGCCAAUCGAAACUGUACAUGGACCAAAGGGAUUAUUCUAUUGGAAUGGCUUUGGAGGUGCAUUUUCUGCCAUAGCAUUAUUCACAUAUGUUGGCUUGUACUACGAAACUCUUCAAUUUAAUGUUCUAAAUGAUGUAGACACAAAGGCACCAAAUUAUUUUGUAACAGAGAGUGCAGACUAUGGGUACUCCUUCUGGCUACUUGUCGUCACCUUUGGCCUUUUUAGCAUAAAUAUAAUAUUACUAAUUAUUGCUCAUCUUAUCAGUGACCCAAAUUUUCAGUGGAGGAAGAAAGCGGAACAGGAAUCAAAUCAGCAAACUAGUGAAGUGGGUUUAGGUAUCAUGUACUAGCCCAGGUUAUGGUCUAGCCCAUGGAAUAAUGCACUAAUUCAUGGCAAUUCAACUAGCCCAAGGCAUAAUGUGCAGUAUAAUGGGUACCUUGUAUUGGCUAACAGCAUCAAGUACUUGCCCAGGUCGUCAAGGUACCAGCCCAGUGUACCAUGUAGUGCUAGUUCAUGAUGAUUAGAUUCACAUUUUGCUUGCUUUGUUGAAAACUUAUUACUGACUAUAGUUGAUCUGAACAAAUGUCAAAUAGAUACUGUACUGACUUACUGAAAAAUGCAGGGGUGGUGCCAGGAUUUGCUCAACGGGGACGGGGGAGGGGCCGCAGGUCCCCGACAGGGGUCCAUGCCCCCAGUGGGCGUGGUCAAGCUUUUAUUAAAAGAUUGAAAAAGGUCUAGGGGAAAAUCCCCCGAAAAUUUUGACAAUUUAGGGGUUUCAAAGGCUUAUUUAAUCAAUUUUAGAGUCUACUAAUAUGUAGAAAAUACAUAUUAUUUUUUUUUCCCCGACGAAUUGUCGUUUUUUUCCCUGACAAGGGAGGGGGGGGGGGAGGCUCUCUCCGACGGUGAGACUCUGGUCCCCCCGCUGGCACCACCCCUGUAAAAUGUUACCAGCUCUACCAUUGAAAUGGGAAUGUUUAGUUCGGAAAGUCAAUUUGAGUAAAUGUAGGUACUGUAAACGAUCUAAUAAGCUUCUCUCUUAGUUAAAUGCUACUCCAAAAUAAGCGGCACACCAUAAUUCUUCUUUGUUUUCCAUUGCUUCUAAAAUAGAUAUUUCUAUUUUCAAUAUACAUUGCAAUGCUACAUAUUACAUGCCUUGAUGUUUUAAUAAGUCAGAUGAGGCCUAUGUACAACACAGAUCACAAUUGUAACACUCAAAUAAUAUGUAAUAAAUGCUGCUUAUUAUGUCAUUUUCAGUAUUAUAAUUCAUUUAUCCUUGAAUGUAAACAUCCCAGAUUGUCCAUCUUGUUAUUGGCCAAUGAAUAGCUUCACCUGGUAAAUGUUCAAAUUCUUGAAGAGCCUCAUUUAAUAUCUAGAUGCACUCAUUUGGCGUUGUGUUCAUGAUAAUAACCUUUUUCUUUAUUUGUUUUAUAUACAAAAUACAAACUGGAUUCACUUUCUUUAUGACAAUUAUGUUUGAUACUUGAAAUAUACCUGUGAUUUUUUAAAAUAAUUUCAUUAGGUUCUACUGUGGAUAUUGUAGCAGUAUGUAUACUUUUAAUUGGUUUGAAAUUAAGAAUUCUACAAUCAAUAUCUAUGGCUUGUUUGUCAGUAUGGACAGUUUAACUAAAAGUUUUUAUAGUCUCAAUUUACAAUAAUAU